ACAGUUUCUAUUUAACGUUGGCACAAAUAAGACGUCUGAUACAAACGCGUUUCUCCACAACACAAACCUAUGACGAUCGAUCGAUCAUUAGUGUGCAACUAAGUUAAUAAAAAAUAACAUAUAGUAUCUGAAUAAAUAUAUGAAUGUAUGUAUAUAAAAAGAAAUAAACAAAUAAAGAAAAGAAACAUAAAUAGAAUUAAGAACAAAUUCAACAAACUUGGAGAAUGUUUUAUGACCAAAUUAAAGAUAUAAAACACAUUCAAUGAUGCACAACAACACAAAGUUAAAAUAAUGACCAAAUAAUAAAUAAACUAAAAUAACCAAAAAAAAAAAAAAAAACGGUGAUUGCUCUAUGAUCUAUGGUCAAUGAAUGAUGUGGUAGUUGAAUCAACAACAAUUAUGGUGGCCAACAACAAUGUUUAAACUAAAUUUUUAAUAAUCUAAAUAAAACAAAUAUAAAUAAGUAAAAAAAAAACGUUUUAAAUAAAUAUUUGCUGGCACGAUAUUAGAAAAUCCACGUAAAUUUGCGAGGUGUUAAAAUCUUUUAAAAUAAAAAUAAAAAUUUUAAAAAGCAAAAAUUAUAUUUUUAACGAAUAAUAAAAUUGUUAUAAAAAAUACAAAUAAUAACAAACUUAAGAAACUUUACUACUUGAAUGAUCGCGAUGAUUAAACAUUCAACAUCGUCAUCUUCAUCUUCAUCAUUAGAUCAGCUUUGGUUGUUGUCAUUGUUAUUCGCAUUUCUUUUGUUUAUACAAUAUUUGCCCACCUCAGUAACUGCCCGCUCUUAUCCCUGCCCUUAUGAGCAAACCGUUAAUAUUACCGAUGGUUUGCGCUUAAAAGACGGUUCUUAUUCAUUUGAGGGUCUAGUCAUACCGUCCAAUCUAACGGCCGAAUAUACAUACAAAGUUAUCGAUGGUAUAGAGUAUGAUGCUCCCAGGCAUAUAAGAGGUUGUGCCUGUCUGCUAAAACCAUGCAUUACAUUCUGUUGCCCACCCAAGAUGCACUACGAUGAUGUUCAUCAGAAUUGUACGCUCAAUGAGAAAGAAUCUCACUCACAACACACUCAUAUUGAGGUGAAAUUUCGGAAUGGUUCAAUAGAUGUGGUGAAUAUUAAGGAUGCAUUUAUUGUUCGUUAUGAGUUCGGAUGUAAGGCGAAAUAUGUCGAAAAGAAAAAGGAGGAAUUUUGGAAAUGGGAUCUAUUUGAGAAUGGCACUCUUAAACGUGAAUCAAAAUAUUAUACGACUGAUGAAUACUGUUUUACUCCCCUGGAACAUAAGAAAGCAUGGAGUUUAACACCACUAACAUGUGAAAGAUACCAAAGAGGUCUUAGAGUAUGGAUCUAUGUAAUCUGUACCGCAGUGGCCAUUAUUGUGAAUAUAACCAUCAUACUUAUGUUUGUGGCAAUUAAGGAUGUGCGCAAUAGUAACUACGGAGAAGGUUUAAUAUUUCAUUUAUUUUCCCUGACAAUAGGCUUAGCGGCUCUGGUAUAUUUACAAUUAAAAAAUCCCAUGAAUUUAUCUCACACAGCAUGCCGCAAUAUAGGUUUUCUGGCUUAUUUCUUUUUAAUUGUCUCAUUUCUGAUCUUAAAUAUUAUAAGUGGCAAUUUUUGGGCCACCUUUUCCUUAAAGCCAAUUAAAAGUUGGCAUUUAAAAAUACUAUAUGGCUUAACGUUAGCCGUUGCCUUUGCUUUAAAAUAUCUAGCUAAAUUUGCUCAAGACUCCAGUAUGGCACGUUACUUAAAACCUGGAAUUGGUGAAGAUUUUUGCUGGUUUGAUAUUCGUUUAUGGGGCAUUUUAUUGUACUUUUAUUUCCCCAUUCUUAUAUCUCUGUCUCUAAGCCUUUACUGUUCGAUUAGGGCUUAUUUCAGCAUAUUCCAGUUGCCCAAUGAUACGAUAAAUGUGGCUGGAAAGGAUUUCAAAACCACAAAGAAACAUUUCAUGGCUUAUUGCAUUUAUUUAUUGGUGGUAUUUUCCAUCUGGAUGCGUGAAAUAAUUGUAUAUAUUACUGCUCGUUUCCGCCAAGUCUUCUUUAUUAUUGAUUACUGGAGCGGUAUUUGUAUAUUGGGCCUGGCAGCAGUGGCAUUUAUAUUUCUGUUGACCAGAAAUAUUUUCGUAAAAAAUUGGUGGGGUAUCAAUGUGUAAGUGUCAUUUGUACAAUAUGUGAAUUCAGUAUAGAGAAUAAC